AUGACUGAACCACUUCAAGAUGUCACCGGCACUCUUGGGGUUGCCUCCAAAUUCGCUUCCGGGCGCAUGAAUGCCGAGGGUCUUCAAAAGGCCCAGGAGCAAGGCUGGGUUCAACCUAGUGCUUAUCAAUAUGAUACUAACCAGGCUGGUUCUCAUGCUCCCGGUGACGAUGCCAACCAAGACGACGCAAACAAGCCCGCAACAGCAUCAAUCUUCACCGCCCCUUGGGCCUCUGACGCAGGUCGGUACGAAUGGAACCCAGAAGGAGCCGAUGGAGAUGUUGGCCCACGCAACCCAGCACUUGAGCAGGAGCUCUUUCACUCUGAGUUCAUCAAUCGUGCUGGCGACAAGCUCUCCAAUCUGAACACCGUCGAGGUUGUAAUCGAAUCCGAGGAACGUGUCAAGCCAAUCGUCGAUUUUAAAACUGCCGGCCUCCAUCCCAUUCUGGUUGAGAAUAUCAAACUCUGUGGCUACGAAAAUCCUACCCCAAUCCAGGCGUACACAAUUCCUGCUAUUGUCACUGGUCACGACAUCAUCGGUGUUGCCCAAACUGGCUCUGGAAAGACCGCUGCGUUUUUGAUCCCUUGCAUCUCAAAGCUUAUGGGCAAGGUUAAGAAGCUCGCAGCUAGACGCCCAAAUAUCGCUGUCGACUUCGAUGCGGAACGCGAACGCGUUCGUGCAGAACCCUUGAUUCUCAUCGUGGCACCAACUCGAGAGUUGUGCUGUCAGAUCUUCGACGAAGCACGUCGUCUGUGCUAUCGAUCGAUGCUACGACCAUGCGUUGUAUAUGGAGGUGGACCAAUUCGUGACCAGAUCGGCCAGCUCCAGCGUGGAUGUGAUGUGCUCGUGGCAACACCUGGUCGCCUCAAGGACUUCAUGGAUCGACCCGAAGUGCUAUCGCUGUCUCGUGUUCGCUACACAAUCGUCGACGAAGCUGAUGAACUUCUUCACGAUGACUGGGAGGAGGAUAUGGCCAAGAUCAUGUCUGGAGGCGAUGCAAACAUCGAUGGCGACCAUCGCUACCUGCUGUUCUCUGCAACCUUUCCAAAGCGCUUGCAGACACUUGCAGCCAAUUUCCUGGCCAAAGACCAUAUCCACGUCUCAAUCGGUCGCACUGGCAGCGUCCAUGUGAACGUCAAGCAAAAUUUCGUCUGGACGGAACCAAAUUCCAAACAACAAGCUUUGUAUGAUCUGUUGAUCGCCAUGCCUCCAUCGCGCACUCUUGUUUUCGUUCGAUCAAAGAAGGCAGUCGACUUUGUGGAUGAUUUCCUGUUCAAUCUCGGAUUGCCAACUACAUCGAUUCACUCUGAUCGAAUGCAAAUUGAGCGGGAGGAUGCUUUGCGCUCCUUCAAAUCGGGCCAGAACCCAAUCUUGAUCACCACUGGUGUCAGUGCUCGUGGAUUGGACGUCAAGAAUGUCAUGCACGUCAUCAAUUUCGAUCUUCCACUCAUCGAGCACGAUGGAAAGAGCGAGUACGUCCAUCGUAUUGGACGCACUGCUCGUAUCGGGAAUGAGGGUCUGGCCACGUCGUUCUACAAUGAUCGUGACGUUGCUAUGGCUCCAUUUUUGACCAAGAUCCUAAUGGAGACUGGCCAAGAAAUCCCUUCUUUCUUCGAAAGCUUCAAGCCGACUGACGGGAAAUUGAAUUUCGACGAGGAUGAGGAGAAUGCAAUCUUCGAGGCAGACGGCGGCAAUGGUGGAUGGGGAAAUGACAACGCUGCGAAUUCCAAUGAAGGAGGCGACGCAUCGGGAGCAGGCGACAAUACCCCGGCUGUCGACAAAGACGCGAAUUCUGGCGGAGAGGCUGCUGGUGGAUGGGGCGAAUCUGUGCCGGUUGCUGCUUCUGCAUGGUGACCAUGCUGUCCGACAAUACGAAUCGUAAAAACGGAGCUAUUCACACCUUCAUCUGAGCUUUCAAAAGCCACAAUGCCACAACUCAGAGACUCCACGCAGGUUUCACAGUGG